ACAAGAAUAGGACACCCAAACAAAGAUAUUGGAUGAUCAAUUGCCCGUCCAUAAGCAUAUGAAUCAGCACAAGUUUCUUUCCGUCGUUCCCCCGAAACUGCCACCUUCCGCACAGCCCGCGCAGAAAUACAGGGAGAGAGAGAGAGAGAGAGAGGAUGACGAAGGCUGAGAGUGAAACGAGCUCGGUGGCGUCCGAUCUCAUCGACUUCUUGAACUCCUCACCGACCGCCUUCCACGCCGUUGAUGAGGCGAAGAGGAGAUUGGGGGAAGCGGGAUUUGUGCACAUUUCAGAGAGGGAGGAUUGGAAGCUCCACACGGGUGGCAAAUAUUUCUUCACCAGGAACCACUCGACCAUCGUGGCCUUUGCGAUUGGCAAAAAGUACGUUGCUGGAAAUGGGUUUUGCGUGGUUGGUGCUCACACGGAUAGUCCAUGCCUCAAACUCAAGCCUAUCUCUAAGGUAACUAAAGGAGGGUACUGUGAAGUAGGUGUCCAAACUUAUGGAGGAGGUUUGUGGCAUACAUGGUUUGAUCGGGAUCUGACUGUCGCUGGCAGAUUAAUAAUAAAGGAAAAGGAUGACGCCUACAGGCAUAUGCUUGUAAAGGUUGGAGGGCCUAUACUUCGUGUGCCAACUCUAGCAAUUCAUUUGGAUAGGAGCGUGUCAGAUGGCUUCAAGGUUAACACGGAGAACCAUUUAGUUCCUGUUCUGGCAACUGUAGUGAAGGCUGAAGUGAACAAGCUGCCAGCUGAAAAUGGAUCACUAGAAAAUGAUACUGAAUGUGAUGGAAAACAUGGUGAUGAAAAGAAGUCUGUGGCUAACAAGAAGCAUCAUCCUGUUUUACUGCAGUUGCUUGCAGCUCAAGCUGGAUGUGAACCAGGUGAAAUAUGUGAUUUCGAGUUGCAACUUUGUGAUACUCAACCAAGUGUAAUUGGUGGUGCUGCUAAGGAGUUCGUGUUUUCAGGCAGGCUAGACAAUCUUUGUAUGUCAUUUUGCUCUUUGAAGGCACUAAUGGAUGCUACAUCAUCUGAGGAUUCUCUUGAUAAUGAGACUGGUGUAAGGAUGGUUGCUCUGUUUGAUCAUGAAGAGGUUGGGUCUAACUCAGCUCAAGGGGCUGGAUCUCCUGCUAUGCUAGAUGCCCUAGGGAGAGUCACGAACGGCUUUAGCUCUUCAGAUUCCAAGCUCAUUGAGAAAGCUAUACAGAAAAGUUUUCUUGUCUCCGCAGAUAUGGCCCAUGCAUUGCAUCCAAAUUAUAUGGUAAGACAUACGAGCCAUCUUCAAUCUCUUUGUAGCCACAUUGCUGCCCAUAAAUUAACAUUAGAGGGUCUGACCCAAUUACAGAGCAAACAUGAAGACAACCACCAGCCGAAGUUGCAUGGAGGCCUUGUUAUCAAGCACAAUGCCAAUCAACGGUAUGCAACCAAUGCAGUGACGGCAUUUCUAUUUAGAGAGAUUGCAGAGAGGCACAAUAUUCCUGUUCAGGAUUUUGUUGUUCGCAAUGACAUGGGAUGUGGUUCGACCAUUGGUCCUAUAUUGGCCAGUGGUGUAGGGAUCCGUACUGUGGACGUUGGUGCUCCUCAGCUGUCCAUGCACAGCAUAAGAGAGAUGUGCGGUGUUGACGAUGUGCUUCACUCCUAUGAACACUUCAAGGCUUUUUUCCAGGAAUUCUUUGGUCUUGAUGCCAGGCUAAGUGUGGAUUUCUGAGAGGACUACCGUAGGUGUGACCCUCUGCCCUUUGGACUUAAUGAUAGGCUUUUUGCCUAUGAUUACAGGUCAUUUUCUCUUUCUCGUACUGAACUAAACAACGUUUAAUUGAGUAUUUGUAGCACAUCUGCUUCUCUCUCUCUCUCGGUGUCUCAUAUGUAUGGAUAUGUUUGGAGUAUCCCUUGCAACUAUGUUGCCUUGUUGCUUCAACAUUAAAGUCAAUAGUCUCUACAUGCAUGUUAAACAUGUGAAGAUCAUAUUUCA